AUGACGAAGGCUGUCGAAUGUGUGCUCGUACAAUUUAAGGAAAAGUUUGGUAGGUAUCCUAAAACGGCACAGUUCGAUGACGGAAAGGAAUUUUACAAUGUAGGAGUAAAGACGUUGCUAAAGGAUCACGAUGUUCACUACUUUUCCACAUGGACCUUCCGGAAAGCCGCAAUCGUUGAAAGAUUCAAUAGAACUCUGAAAACAAGGAUGUGGAAAUACUUUACGGAAAACAGGACAAAAGUUUGGGUAGUCAUCUUACCUGAUCUCGUUAGAUCCUAUAAUAAUUCCACACACAGAACAAUAGGAAUGAAACCGGCGGAUGUGAAUGAGGAAAAUAAAGACGAAGUUUGGACAAGAAUCUACGGAUAUCCACUAAGCAGUUUUCCGAAUCCUAAAUUCAAAGUUGGGGAUCAUGUCAGGGUGGAAAUAAAGCACAAGACCUUUGAAAAGGGAUACGAACCCAACUUUGACAACGAAGUAUACGUCGUUACAGCGGUGUUCCGGGGAGAUCCCAAUAUGUACAGCCUUAAGGAUCCGGAGGAUGGUGAGGAUAUUUUGGGAAGGUAUUAUGAACAGGAAUUAUCUUUAGACUUAAAUAAAAAUGGAGGAUAACAUAGAGUUGAACAACCUUAACCGACCGAAAGGAGCCGAAGGGGGUGAGGACGAAACAGUUAUUGAUGAUACACCUAUUGAUGAGGACGAUUUCCUUUCAGGACUAGACGACGAUCAAAGACUAGACGAUGUAAAAACCUCCAGUUUCCGUGAGGAGAAUAAGAACGAUUCCUACAGGAAAAGGAAGAGACAGUUAGACGAACUGAGCACAUAUGGAAAAUUUGAUGACAUAAAGAUAGAAUACGUCAGGAGGCUUUUCCAAACUGAGUAUCGAAUAGAUCCGACCGACGGACGAAACUCUAAGGAAUUUAUAUCCAGUUUAGACAUCACUAAAAACAAGUUGACAUUUAACGGGGCUGAUGUCGCAUACAUUGAUACGGGUGGUACCUACAAAAUGUCUGAGAAUAAGAAGGCUACCGCAUCAUCAAGAAGAUUCCUUAAUCUGUACGAAAAAUCACUCGCUGAACACAGGGAAAGAUCCAAAAGUGUAGUUGAAGAGGAAACCGGAGGAGAGGCAUCAGGAGUUAACGCGGAAGAGAUUUUCGAAGACGCUGAGGAGGAAUUCCGUCAGGAAGUCAUCAACGCAGGCGACAACCUUGUGGAACACGCAAGGGAGUUAGGGGAAAGGGGAAAAAUAACCACACAGGAGAGGAUGGAAUUUGCGGGAGUAACCGCUCCCAAAGAACCCCCUGAAGUCAGGAUUAAAGCCUUAAGGGAACAGAAGAAAGUAUUCGAAACCAAUAUAGAACUAGAAACAGAUCCCGAAAGACGACAGAUUAUGCAAGAGGGUAGGGAUGUUGCCGAACAGGGUAUAGAUAACGCCAACCUAGAGAUGGGUCAGCAACCUGAAACGGAGGAGGGAAAACAUAGGUAUAGGGAAAUAGUAAGAGAAAAUAUCAGGACAAAUUCGAAAGAUUCCGCAAAUGGGCAAAGGAAAACCUAG